UCGGGCGAGCCGCGUCACGCAGCUCUCGAUCGAUCUCUUCCAAAGUUUGAGACCUGAUCCAGCUUUGUGCACCGGUCCAAAUCGAUUGAAGAUUAAGUUGACUUGGCUCACGGAGAGACUUUGCGCGUAGAUUUAAACCCUCCAUGGAAGAAGCGCAAUCGGUACUGAAGUCUUGUGUUCCCCUGGCUCCUUCUAUGUCGAGAUUGGCUCACGCCGGCUGAUUGCUCUACACCAGAGACUCAGAAGUUUUCGAAAAGGCCCACAUAUAAUCCGCGGCGGAAAAGGACUGGAGGCAUCAGCGAAUUUCUUGCCGGAGCAUUGCAUCAACGAUUGACCAAGUCUGAUGGAUCAAGAACAUGUCCUUGCCAACGCGGAUCGUUCCGGUAGUCUGUGCGCUCCUGUAUCGUCUCAAACAAGCCGACGAGGAGAGGCACUCCGUUACAGCAUCAAAGAGUGCCUACGAUUUGCUGGUGUCAUUGAGGCACGAGGACGCAUCCAACUUUGCCAAUCUAUGGGAAUUCCCGGGCGGCAAAGUGGAGGAGGGCGAAACACAUGCGCAAGCUUUGACGAGAGAGUGUCGCGAAGAGCUGGAUGUUCACAUCGAGGUCACGGACAACAAGUGCGUGCACGCCAUCCACUUUGAGAAGUCUGAGGAGGGAGUCAGGACGCAAUACAGCGUCUUCUUCUACUGGGCGCGGAUGAAGUUUGACGGUCAGGUUGCAAAAGCUUUGGCCAGUCAGAAGGUGGCGUGGGUCCACUACGAUGAUCUCAAGACUCGGGAAUUCUGCCCUGGAGACGAAACAUUGAUCGAGGAGCUUGCAAAAGGUUCCAUAGCGCCACCCGCAUGAGGUGUGUACGCGAGGAUUCCCAGGUGCUUCACCUCACCCUACUGUACGCCUCGGAAUCACCGUCAAGCAUCAACAAUCACUAAUUCGGGUCAUUCAGCUGCCUGAACAUGAAUUGAAUGAUGCCUCUCGAGCUCGGCGACCAAGUGACCUCGCGUGUCUCAGCAUCUCGCUCUGCACGAUCGUAGAAGCUUCGCAACG